CUGGGCCUCUGCGCCCGGCUGCUGGGCGUCUCGUCUCGUCCCCGCGCUCACCUCCACCGCCUCCGGGCAGGUGAGGCCGGGCAGCGGCUGGGAAGCAUGGCGGAGCCCGAGGCCGCGGCCGACGACCUGGACGCCCUCAUCAACGACAUGGACUACCUGCCUGGCCACUUCCACCUGGAGAUGCAGCUCAACUUCGAGCCGCGUUCGCCGGCCCCGCUGCGUGCGCGGGACCUGCAGCUGCAGCGCGAGGGCGCACGGCGGGAGCUGGAGCUGGCGGCCGCCUCCCAGCGGCCCGGGGUGCAGCACCUCCAGGGCGUCUUUGCCUUCUACCUGGAUGAGCUGGACGAGGCCCGCGAGCGCUUCCUCGAGGUGGCCCGCGAGGACCCGGGCAACCUCAACGCUUGGGCCAACCUGGCACACGUGUAUGGGCGGCUGGGACACGAGCAAGAGGAGGAGGCGUGCGCCGCCCGGCUGGCCAGCCUCAUGGGCCUGGGCGCGGACCCCGAGGCCGGCGUGGCAGUCCCGCUCCGGGCGGCGCGCUGCCUGGCUGAGCAAGGCUAUGCACAUGGCUUCGACGUGGGCUGCGCCAGCCUGGAGGAGCGCGCGCGUGUGCUGGUGGCCGGCCUUGCACUCUACGACAAAGCGCUGAGCUACGGGCAGCAGAUCCCCACAGAGGAGAAAAGGGGCUGGUACUUCACCAUGGCAACACUUUUCAUCAGGCUGGACGGCAUCUUCCUGGAGCUGGGCAGCGAGGAGCAGAGGAGGCUGCCUGCCUUCAACCGCACUCUGGCUCUGCUCCGGCAAGUCCUCAAGGCCUCCAACACCUGCCAGCAAGCUCUGGCCUGGUGCUACCUUGGGAUACUGCUAGAGAGGAAGGACACCUUCUCCACGACCCCUAUGGGCGUCCAUGACUGUGGGUACUCAGGCACCGAGCCCCUGGACUGCUUUGGCAAAGCCAUCGAGAUUGCCAAGGACCAUCCUCUCAUCCUCAAUCGCCUGGCCAAAAUCUUCCACUUCCUAGGAAAGCAGGACAUGGCUAUUGGAACCUGUAACAUGGCCCUGGAUGUCCUAGGAGAUCCAGAGCUCAACUGGCAGGCGUACUGCACCAGGGCCAAGAUCCACACCACAGCCUACCUACACGACUUGGAGCGGGCCAAGGCCGGGCUUGGAGGCAUGCCAGACAGGAGCCACUUGGCCCUCGCCAAGGCCGACCUCGAGCAAGUAGUCAGGGUGUGCCCAGGCCUCAGGACCUUCCUGGACAUUGGCCAGGUCUACUACUACAUGGGUGUGGACGCGGUGCAGGAGCUGCUGGCCGUGGAUGAAGCAGCGCUCAAUCAGGCGCUGGUCUUCCUGGCCAAGGCCGGCGAGUCGGAGCUGGGUGACGCGCUGCCCGAGCUGCAGCUGCUGCGCGGCAAGUGUCUGCGCAUCAAAGGCGAGGACGCCAACGCAGCGGCCUGCUUCAAGCGUGCCGUGGAACUGGACGACGCGGGCUCCAGCCGCCCCGAGGGCUUCGGCUGCCUGCUCGAGUCGCUGCUGACGCAGUGGAGCCAGGCGCAGCUGAGCGACGGCGAGCUGGGCCGCGAGGUGGACACCUGGCUGCGCUGCGCCCAGGGCAAGUACCCCGCGGCCAGCCUGCGCCAGGAGCUGCAGCGCCUGUGGCGCGGCCACACGGACGAGGUGCUGGGGCUGGCCCGCGCCUUGGUGGACCAGGGGCGGCUGGCGCUGGUGCGGCUGCUGUUCGAGACCAUGGAGCAGGAGGGUGACUGCGCAGGGGACAGGCGAGGCCGCCGGACCUUCUCAGUCUGAGCCCGGGGUUGAGCAGGCCUGCGGGCAGCAGCGAGGCCCCGCCCCAAUCCCAGGUGAUUGGGCCUAACCUGCCAUUGAGUUGUAAGUGGAGCCAGUAAGAUGCUCCAUUAGGAAUUGUGAAAGGGGACGUUGAGAGCUUGGCACUCCAAAUGCCCCCUGCGGCAGAAAGACCUGAUUUCCGAUGCGAAGGACUCUGGAAACUGGCACGAGGCCGCUAAAGACCCGAGCCAGCAGAGAGAUGGAAUUAAGAUACUGCGAGUCUCCUGGGAGAAACAGACUGCCUCGGCUGUUGUGGUUUUCUAGUGCCUGGGCCCAAAGGCCUGUCUUUGGAUUCUUAGGAAUGGAGCUCAGUGGAGCCUGGGCUGGGACAGAGGCGCGUCACUGGGGAGCACGUUGGGCUGGGCCCUUACUCGGGCCUGGGUACCCAGGCCUCUCCCACUCAUAUUCCAGCAGGCCUCAUUCCUAUCAGCUUGGCCAGAAAAGACUCUCAAAACUGCUUGAAAUAAAACUCAUCC